AUGCCUGUAAAAAUCCGAGAGACCGUGUCGGCGGCUGACGGUCUUACUAGCCCGUCGAACAGCAACCGAAAUCCAGCGCCUCGGUGCCUUCGUGGUGGUGGCACUAACCCCCGUUGUCGGCGGUCGUCCAUUGGCACUCGCAAAAGGUGCCCACCUUCAUCGCAAGAGACGUUUCAACCCAUUCGUCUCAUCAUUCGCCUGGGACGUGACACCCCAACAGCUGCAGCUACUUCCGGAGGGGACGGCAAAAUGGUCCUGCACAAUGUUAGCGGAACUCCCCCUUCGGACUCUCCCAUCAGUUCGCCGAAUGCACCCUCCAAGGGCUCCCUACACGAAGACCAAUUGUCUCCACCAUCUGCGAGCGUAUCUUUGUCGAGCGAACUGACAACACGUAACUCCUCUCAGGACAUGAGCGAUCUGGAUAUCGUCUUCCUCGUCGCUCCGGAGGCUGAGACCUUCAUAGACUCAAAUCAGGCGCGUGUUCGUCGUUUGCGCAACCAGGCUAUGGAGGACGUUUACGGCCAUACAGACACAAACCACGACGAAGAUAACGAUGGGGACGAUUCCAGCUCGUCCGAUGAGAUGCCUAGGGGUCCUGGCGAUAGUAUGCGCGAAGCGACGGCAAGACAUCCACAGGUCGUGCAUACUUACCACCAAGCCUCACAUAUUCGUGAAAACUCACAGGCCUCUGAACAUCCUCACCACCAACUCUAUCGACAACAGGAAAACCACCUUGACAAAGUGAAGGGUGAUCAUCAACCGCCACCAUCGAGUGGUAUCAAUUACCGUAACUUCGAUCUUCGCUCAGAUGAUGCACUCCAUCGAGACUAUAGUUUCCACCUCGAAGUAUCUACGACGACGACGGCUGUAGCGACUCCAUCCAGUGCGCUCACUGUGAGCCAGUCAGUUGCUAGUCAACAGCUGCACUUCCAAACUCAACUAACUGAUCUCGGAUCGGGUCAUUCUUCGCCUCCGACAACCUUAUCACCCAGGUAA